AUGGAUAGAAUAGAAGAGUUUCCAGAAGUCGGGAUAGACUUAGACUGGGGGUGUGGUGGGUGGGCGGAGGAAGAGAGAAGUGGUGGUACAUGGUUACUAGUUGAGGCUCUGACUACCGCCAACCCGCUAAACCAGACCGAGCAGCUGUUCGUUAGUUCAAUAUGGACGAGGAAAGCAAAGUUCCUACACAUCCAGUACUACGAACUUUACAUACCCGAACCUUCCAAACUUUUGAUCGUUGUUGGUUACUUUGACAACUCGACCAGUCCUCAACCGACGUCGCUAGAAAAGGGGAGUGGUUUCCGGGGAUUGCAUGGUCCGUGGGCGAGUCUGUGCUUUUCUGACGGAAAUCCUACCUCAGAUGCCGGUUAUCUGCACCUUGACCAUGCACAGUGCAUGCUCAAUUCUGUACUCCGUUCUACAGGCAUGGACAUGUCACUGGUACCUAUGCUCAUGGUUAUUGCCUCGCUCGCAUCAGUAAUGACCAAGAACGAUAGACUAGCCUAGGAGCCAGGUGUUUCAUGUUUGGACGAUAUUUGACGAGUGUUUGACCUUCAAAGUG